AUGAAUAAUAACGGUAAUAAUAAUAAUAUGGCUAUGCCCCAACAACAACAAGGAAUGAAUAAUUCCUGGCAAUCACUCUAUUCAGCCCAAGAACGUCAACGAAUCGUGGAGAUCAUGAUCACCAAACUUCGUGAUUUCCAAGGAGUUAAUUUCAAUCAACAACGGGCUAAUCAAAUUCAAGAUUUUGAAAAGUUUGUAUUCAUGAAAUCUCAAAGUAGAGAUGAAUAUCUUAGACUUAUUAAAAGUAAAAUCACUCAAUUAUCAAAUAGUUUAAGAUCAGGUUUCAAUAAUGCCAAUAAUAAUGGUAAUGGCAAUAAUAACAAUAAUGGCAAUAAUAAUAAUAAUAAUAAUAAUGGUCCCGCUUUACCUCAACAAAUGAUUGGCAAUAAUAAUAAUGGCGGUGGCGGUGCAGCAGCAGCAGUAGCAGCUAGAAAUUUACCUAAUGCUGCUAAUCCUAAUGCUAAUGCCAAUUUACAAGCUGGUCAAAAUCUUAAUCCUCAAAAUAUGAACUACUUACAACAACAAUUACAAGCUCGUCAACAACAACAACAACAACAACAGCAACAAGGUAUGGUUCAAGGUAAUCAACAAGCAAGAGCAGUACCUGGCCAACAACAACAACAACAAGUUCCACAACAACAACAAAGACCUCCUCAACAAGUUCAGAAUCAAAAUCAAAAUCAAAAUCAACAACGUCAAAUCACUCAAAGAAUUCAACAAAUGAUUAGAACAACCCCAAUUCCAAAUGAUUUAUUAACUCGUAUUCCAAAUUUACCUCCAAAUGUUAAUACUUGGAAUCAAAUCUUUGAUUGUAUUCAAAGAAAAAUCAUUCCUCAAUCAGCUUUAGUUGAUAUUAAAGAAAUUCAUAGUAAACAUUUAGGUCUUGCUGUAAAUCAAUAUCAACAACAACUGCAACAACAACAACAAUUGAAUCAAUUACAAAAUCAAAAUGGUGCUGGCAAUAAUACCAAUAAUAAUAAUACCACUAAUAAUACUGCUAAUGCUAAUGGUAUCAAUAAUAAUACUACUAAUAACACUAAUAAUAAUAAUACCAAUUUAACCGCUCAACAAAGACAACAACAACAACAAUUCAUUCAAAGACAAAUGCAACAAAGAAAUAAUAAUGCCACAAAUCAAUCUCCCAUGUUACAACAGUCUCCCGUUAUGCAAAACCAACAACCAAUUCAAAAUCAACCUCAACCUCAACAACCAAAUAAUAAUAAUAAUGUAAAUGUAAAUGCUGUUAAUGUUAAACCUCCAAACAUUCAAAUCACUCAAAAGGACAUUAAUGAUUAUAGAAAUGAAGCUCUUACUGCUUAUGCAAGAGUGAAAGCUAGUGGUAAUGUUGCUGCGGAUUUAGAACCAAGUGUAUUUGUUGAAAAAUAUAUUAGAUAUCAAAAGACUCAACUUUGGAAACAACAGAAUAGAGUGGCUAAUCAACAACAAGCUCCGAUUCCACAACAACAGCCAACUCCACAGAUCAUCCAACAACAACAAAACAGAUUACAGCAACAACAAUUACCUCAACAACAACCUCAACAACUGCCUUUGUUAAACAAUUUAGCCCCUAACCAAACUCCAUUGUUGAAACCUCAAGCUCAAAUGAAACAACAAUUAUCAUCUCCAUUAAUGCCUAAUGGUGUUGUUCAAGGAGGUAUCAUUCCAAAUAAUAAUACCAAUGCUCAAUUUGCUAAUCAACAAUUCCAAAGACAAACUCCAGUACAACAAACCCCUCAAAUGCAACAACAACAACAACAACAAUUACCACGUCAAGUUCCUCCUCAGCAAGUUCCGCAACCUUUACCACAAGCCAUUCCUCAACCACAAGCUCGAGUUCAAGGCCAGGCUGUAUCUCAAGGUCAACAACAACCUGUUCCACAACAAACUCCUCUGCAGCAACAAUUACUUGCGGCUGCUCUUCCACAAUUGACGGAUGAUUUAAAAAUCAAAUUAAGACAAUUGGUUGAUGAAGUUUCAAGAAAUAAUGUAUCGUUAAAGGAUGUUACUGCUUUAUUGACUUCUGAAGAUAAAAAGGUGGUCACAGAUAGUAUGAUUAAGAUUAAUCAACAAUAUGGUAAUGUCGAUAGUAUUAUAAGUUAUUUUUUUAUUUUAACUACUAAUGUUGAUGGUACUAAGAAAUUAAUUCAAAUGAAAUUUAUGACGAAGAAUAUUGCUGAUAAUCUUAAUCGUGGGAUUUAUUUGGCUACUCCUGAUUUAUUAGAGAAAUUAUCGGUUCAAUAUCAAAAGUAUUUUACUUAUGUUAAGGAUCAAAUCACUAGUAGAAAACAACAGGUUCAACAACAGCAAUUACAACAGCAACAACAGAGACAACAACAACAGCAGCAAGCAAUUCCUCAACAACAACAACCACUGAUUCAACAACAGCAGGCACAACAGCAAGCUCAACAACAAGUUCAACAGCAAGCACAACAGCAAGCUCAGCAACAGGCUCAACAGCAAGCUCAGCAGAUUCAACAACAACAACAGAAGCAAAAACAACAGGCUGCUCAACUUGGUCCAAAUGCUAAUUGGCCAACGGUUGCUCCUAAUGCUAGACCCAAUACUAUCAAUAGUAGUCCUAUGAUGAAUAAUGGUUCGCCUUUACUUCAACAACAACAUGCUCCUCAACCUCAAAGUCAACCUACUCCAAAGAAUAUGACCAAGACUACACCUUCAACUGUUGCUCCAACUCCAAUUGCUAGUGGAACUGCGGCUACAAAAAGAGGAGGUGCUGCUGCAGGGAGAAGAAAAGGUUCAACUGCUAAAGGAUCUAUUAGUGCUGCUAGUAUUCCAACUCCAGCGGGUGCUGCCGCCACCCCUGGUAGUGUGGUUAAUAAUAUCAAGACCCCAAAUAGUAUUCCUACUCCUCAAGUUGUUCAAAGUCAAAGUGCUAAGAAUACUCCUUCUGAACAAUCACCAAAUUAUCAUCCUGCCAAGACUCCUGGUUCAACUGGAUCUACUGGUGCUACUGGUGCUGCCGCUGCUGGUGUUACCACUAUUCCAACUACUGAUGCUGAUAUUUUCAUUAAUACUAAAGAUGAUUCCAAACUGGCUAGAAGAAGAGAUUUAUCAAAUACUGAUCCUGAAAAAUUCUUUUAUGCUUCUCUUGCUAAUCUUUUAGAAUUAGAUGAAACAUUUGUGGAUACGAUUGUUAAUACUAUAAGUACUACUGAUGGUGGAUUGAUUAAUACUCCAAAGACUCCCGCUUUAACUAAUGGUGGUGGAGUCAAAUCAAAUAUUAAAUCUCCAUUAUCACCUGUGACUCAAUCAGGAGAAUGGUCAUGUGAAAUCAAACCCCAAGCUAUCACAUCAUCAUUUAAACAAGUUGAUAGUUUAAGAGAAUUAGUAUCGAAUGAUUUAAUUGAAAGUUGUACUUUAUUAGCUCAUGAUAAAAUCAAACAUGUUAGUAAUGCAGUUGGAGGUUCAAUCAAGAGACAACAUGAAGAUGAUGAUUUAGAAGGUUUAUUCACUGAUAAGAAACCUAAAUUGGAGCAUCAUGAUGAUCCUGAUUCGAAGUUUAUGUAUGAAGCUGUUUCAUUUGAUGAGUGGAAAAAAUUUGUCGUUUCUCAUAUCCAAAAUUGA